CUAUCUAACCCCAACAAACCCCACUUCUUUUAUUCAAAAAAAAAAAAACCUCACUUCUUCUCUCUCUAGGGUUUCGAAACAAACUCUACAACAAUCGUACCCUUCACUCCUUCCCCUUCGUGAUCGACGGUAUCUCGAUUCUCCUCUUUUCGUCGUCGAUUCCCUCAAGGGAAAAGGAUUGUUAAUGUAAUCACUGAUAAAUAAACUUGUUAGUUAUUGGUGAUUUUUUAUUGUGGCGUGUGAAUGUUGUUCAAUGCUUGAUGAUAGUGGCUAUGGACUUGAAUGCAUCUCCAAUACCUGAGGAAGACGAAGAUGCUUUUGAGGAGAAGAUACAUGCUCAAGAGUAUAUUGCUCCUGAAGAACGGAUAGAAAGUGGAGCUGAUAUAGCACGCCGGGAGCGUGAAGAAAGAAAGAGACGUUUGAAAAGAGAACGUUCAGAUGAAAGACCUGUGCAUCGAUCACAGUCACCUCAAUAUGAUCAACCAUUUCAUAAAAAAAACGUUAAAUCAUAUGAUACAAGUAGGCUUCCUCCGGGAUGGUUAGAUUGCCCUGCGUCUGGCCAGGAGAUUUGUUACAUGAUACCUUCUAAAGUUCCUCUUGGUGAAUCAUUCAAUGACUGCAUUUUUCCUGGUAAAAGAUACUCAUUUAAACAAGUGGUACAUCAACAGAGAGUUUUAGGGAGAAAACUUGGUCUGGUGAUUGAUUUGACAAAUACCACUAGAUACUAUCCAGUAACAGAUUUGAAAAAAGAGGGUAUCAAGCAUGUUAAGAUUCAAUGCAGGGGGCGCGAUUCUGUACCUGAGAAUUCAGCUGUUAAUCAGUUUGUCUAUGAGGUUAUACAAUUCUUGUCACGCCAAAAGCAGUCGAAGAAGUAUAUACUUGUUCAUUGUACACAUGGGCAUAACCGUACGGGAUACAUGAUCGUCCAUUAUCUAAUGCGUUCUAUGUCAAUGUCGGUUACUCAGGCGAUUAAAGCUUUUUCUGAAGCACGCCCUCCAGGAAUCUAUAAACCGGAUUAUAUUGAUGGAUUGUAUGCAUUCUAUCAUGAAAAAAAGCCCGAGAUGGUAGUUUGUCCUCCUACUCCGGAGUGGAAAAGAUCUUCUGAACUUGAUCUCAAUGGUGAAGCAGUUCCAGAUGAUGAUGAUGGAAUACCAGGUCCUGAUUUGCAGGAGAACCAUGAGACAGGCACUCAGAUGACAAAUGAUGAUGUUUUAGGAGAUGAGAUACCCGCUGAUCAGCAAAAUGCAUUUCGACAGUUCUGUUAUCAAACACUUAGAUUGGGUGCUGGGGCCAGAGGACAUACAGUGUUUCCAGGUUCACACCCAGUAUCUCUCAACAGGGAUAAUUUGCAGUUAUUACGACAACGUUAUUAUUAUGCAACAUGGAAGGCUGAUGGUACACGAUAUAUGAUGCUAAUAACAUUGGAUGGGUGUUACUUGGUUGAUAGAAAUUUUAACUUUCGAAGGGUCCAAAUGAGGUUUCCUUUCAGGAGUACAAAUGACGGUUUGGGCGAGAAGAGCCACCACUUCACAUUACUUGAUGGUGAGAUGGUUAUUGAUACCCUGCCAGAUUCACAGAAGCAGGAGAGAAGAUACCUUAUAUAUGACAUGAUGGCAAUCAACCACGUUUCAAUAAUAGAGCGACCCUUCUGUGAGAGGUGGAAGAUGCUUGAGAAAGAAGUGAUUGAACCUAGGAAUAAUGAACGGCAACAUAUAUACCAGAGCAGAAAUCCUUACUAUAGAUAUGAUCUUGAACCAUUCAGGGUGAGGAGGAAAGAUUUUUGGUUGCUUUCUACUGUCACAAAGCUUUUAAAGGAAUUCAUUAAAAGACUCUCACAUGAGGCAGAUGGUCUCAUAUUUCAGGGUUGGGACGAUCCUUAUGUACCACGUACUCAUGAAGGACUCUUAAAGUGGAAAUACGCUUAUUUAAAUUCAGUUGACUUUCUCUUUGAGAUUGAAGGUGAUCGGGAGCUACUUUUCCUCUACGAGCGGGGAAAGAAGAAACUCUUGGAUGGGAGUAGGGUUACUUUCAAAGAUGAUGUAGAUCCUUCACAUUAUUCUGGAAAGAUCAUCGAGUGUUCUUGGGAUUUUGAUAAGCUGGAAUGGAUAUUCAUGCGGAUUAGGACAGAUAAAUCAUCUCCAAAUGAGUUUAAUACCUACAGAAAGGUGAUGCGAAGCAUAAAAGACAACAUCACAGAGGAAGACCUGUUGAAUGAAAUAAAUGAGAUAAUUUGCCUUCCCAUGUACGCGGACAGGAUAAAAACCGAUAGCAAAGCAAAUCAGCAUACUAAUGCCGCAAAGCAGCAUACUAAUGCCGCAAAGCGAAGGUGAUUCAUUGUAGUUAGAUAGGGACUUAUAUUGCCUUUAAUUAUUUCACUGGUGGGCGAAUGAAGUGUAGGACAUCAGGUGAAAGAAGAUCGUAUGUAUCCACUGGUGUUUCUGCAUCUGGUAUUUAUUGGAAAUUGUAUUGGAUUUGGCCAUCAUCCAAAGGUUGCUUAUGUAGUUAGGUAGUCCUUGCAGCAGUGAUGCUGAGUUGCAUCGCUCUGUCGGUACUGCACAAAUUUCAUCCUAAAUCCAUUUCCUGUAGCAGUCCAGAUCAAUAGAGCUAGGUUUAGGAUAUCGCUGUAUAUUAUCAAUUUUCUUUUUAUUUAGUGAUUAUAAGUUAUUCAUAUGAUACCUGAUUCUUAGAUUCAAGUUCUCCAUCAUUACAUUGGUUAGAAUUUUCCCUGUCUGUGAAUAUCAAUUUAAUUAGUUGUAGCAAGACUUCCAUUC